CGUCAGCUUACACCCCCGCACAACCACAAAAGUUCACCUGAAGACACAUUGAGCCCACUUGCCUUGAACUGACUUCAACAAGGCUAAAGAAAAUGGCACCGCGAACUCGUGGAGAACUCCUCGCCUAUGGCAUUGUCGACCCUCUCAUCGAGGCCGAACUCGCCACCAGGCCUCUCCGGGACCCGCAGCGCGGAGACCCUUACUUUGGACGAAAUGACUUCUUAGCUAUGAGAGAACACCGAGCGGCGCGCUUGCGUGAGUCCCAUCACCUGCGCUACCUUCCCGGUCCCAUCCCACAUCAGGUCCGCGAGGAAGACCGCAAAGUCACCAUGAGAGACGGCCAUGCAAUCACCGUUCGAAUCUACAGCCCUGAAAAGACCCCAUCUGAAGGCAGCCCGCUCAUUGUCAUGUAUCAUGAGGGUGGAUGGUGCAUGGGGGACCUCUCUGAUGAAGAGGUCAACUGUCGCCUGUUCAGUAGGGACCUCGGUGCAGUCUGCGUCAACGUCGAGUAUCGGCUCGCUCCCGAGUUUCCCUUCCCGACUGGCGUCAACGACAGCUGGGAUGCUUUGCAAUGGGUAGCCAAGAACGCAACCGAUUUAGGCGCAGACCCAUCCCAAGGCUUCAUUAUUGGCGGCGGCUCCGCCGGCGGAAACAUCACAGCCGUCCUCGCCCACCUUGCCCGGGAUAACAGUCUCUCCCCGCCGCUCACGGGGCAAUAUCUCUGCGUCCCAGCCAUCAUGUGCCUCGCGCGCCCCGAAUCCUUGCCUGAGCAAUACCGUUCCGAGUAUCUCAGCCACCCCGCCGUCACGCCGUGCAAAGACCCGGUCAUUGGUACCAGUAUCGGCGAUGGGGAAGCGGCACUGCGUGCUAUUAUCCAGCCCGACCUGGAGAGUCCUCUAUUCAUUCCGUUCCACUAUGGAAAGAUCGGUCAAGGUCACAGGGGAUUGCCACCUGCAUACUUCCAGCUGGCUGGGUUGGACCCCUUUCGAGACGAGGGCCUCAUUUAUGAGCGGGUGCUGAGAGAAGAAGCUGGUGUCAAGACGAAGCUUGAUAUCUACACUGGACUUCCUCACUACUUUUGGACCAAUUGGCCACUCCUGGAUAAAAGCAAGACGUUUGUGGAAGACACAAUUAAGGGUGUUCAGUGGCUUUUAGAACAGAAGAAGUAGUAGGGGUCACCACUUUUUGAUAGUGACGGUCGUGUUAAGCACUUCGCAAAUGCCGUUCGACGUAGAGCAGCUUCUCAGAAAUCAGUCUCAUGCUUACAUGUACUUAUGCUUAGAUACACAAUAAUGCCCCCUUGGUGUCAUCCGCCAACUUGGCUCUCCACAAUCGGUUCUCAUUCAAGAUGAAGAUCUCUCCAUUGCGGCCGAAGCAGAAGUUGGCAGCACCACCCUGAACAAGAAUCUUUCC